GUGUCGUUGGUGAGCCUGGUAGCCAACUCUCUGGGCUACUCUGACUUCGCUGCUAUCAAAUCACUGAGGACCCUCCGAGCACUGAGGCCCCUACGGGCCCUGUCCAGAUUCGAGGGCAUGCGGGUGAGACAUUCUUCUGUUACACUGACUUUACCCUUUCGUUUAUUUUUUUUCUUCCUUAGAGACGUUCUACUUUCCCUGCUUUUUACAUAGGUGACCUAUUGUCAAGUUAUUCUAGGAGAUUCCACAAAUUAUUAUCAUCAGUGAAGGACCAGAGUUUUUUCCUAAGCUGGUCACGUGAUCGGGAAAAAACUUGCGGUCCUAUAUCAUAUCCGUCUAUGACUGAAGUGACAGACAGCCUCUAACGGUGGAGUAUUACCUUGAUCACUGGGCUAGUCACUUCGUCAGGAGAAAAAAAACUCCAGUCCCCUAAUCAUUAAACAUCAUUUAUAUGCUGUGCCUGUGCUCCGUAGUAGACAACCUCUACAACGUCUCUGUGUGUUGUCGUCUUGGUCACCAGGUGGUGGUGAACGCUCUGAUUGGAGCCAUCCCGUCCAUCAUGAACGUCCUGCUGGUCUGCCUGAUCUUCUGGCUCAUCUUCAGCAUCAUGGGCGUCAACCUGUUUGCAGGGAAGUUUGGUAAAUGUGUGAACCGGACGGGGUUCAUCCACAACGCCUCCGUCGUCAACAACAAGUCUGAGUGCCUGGCCAUGAAUGACACUCAGUUUUACUGGACUAAAGUCAAGGUCAACUUCGACAACGUGGGACUAGGAUACCUCUCACUGCUGCAAGUGGUCAGUUUUUCUCUUGUCUUUAAAAAAUAAAAAUAAAAAUGACUGUUUUACAUUUUUUUUGUUUUUUUAGGAAGUUAUGUGUUUGAAAGGAUGCCAUAGCUCUUAUUGUUUGUCGAUAAAUGAAGUAACAUUUUUUUAUUAUAAAAAAAAAAGGCUUACCCUAUAAUUGUGUCAAUGAUGUUCAUUUCCUUUAAGGCCACGUUUAAAGGAUGGAUGGAAGUUAUGCAUGCAGCUGUUGAUUCACGUGGCGUACGUAUCAAUCUCGUUCCACAAAUCUAGGCAAAUUCGUCAUCUCAUAAAUAGAAUGAGUAGACCUACAUUUUUAUUUAUGAAAAGAUGAAAAUGGGAUCAACUAAAAUGUGUUUGUUUGUUUACAGGUGGAAGAGCAGCCCAUCAGGGAAAUCAACCUCUACAUGUACCUCUACUUCGUCAUCUUCAUCAUCUUCGGGUCCUUCUUCACUCUCAACCUUUUCAUCGGCGUCAUCAUUGAUAAUUUCAACCAGCAAAAAAGAAAGAUAAGUACAUGUUGUUUUCUGUCUCACUUACUCAUUUCGCACUGUUGUAUUAACAGCUGUCUGUAUAGAUAUAUACAACAUUAACAGCUGUCUGUAUGGAUAUAUACAACAUUAACAGCUGUCUGUAUGGAUAUAUACAACAUUAACAGCUGUCUGUAUGGAUAUAUACAACAUUAACAGCUGUCUGUAUGGAUAUAUACAACAUUAACAGCUGUCUGUAUGGAUAUAUACAACAUUAACAGCUAUCUGUAUGGAUAUAUACAACAUUAACAGCUGUCUGUAUGGAUAUAUACAACAUUAACAGCUAUCUGUAUGGAUAUAUACAACAUUAACAGCUGUCUGUAUGGAUAUAUACAACAUUAACAGCUAUCUGUAUGGAUAUAUACAACAUUAACAGCUGUCUGUAUGGAUAUAUACAACAUUAACAGCUAUCUGUAUGGAUAUAUACAACAUUAACAGCUGUCUGUAUGGAUAUAUACAACAUUAACAGCUGUCUGUAUGGAUAUAUACAACAAUAACAGCUGUCUGUAUGGAUAUAUACAACAUUAACAGCUGUCUGUAUGGAUAUAUACAACAUUAACAGCUAUCUGUAUGGAUAUAUACAACAUUAACAGCUGUCUGUAUGGAUAUAUACAACAUUAACAGCUAUCUGUAUGGAUAUAUACAACAUUAACAGCUGUCUGUAUGGAUAUAUACAACAUUAACAGCUAUCUGUAUGGAUAUAUACAACAUUAACAGCUGUCUGUAUGGAUAUAUACAACAUUAACAGCUGUCUGUAUGGAUAUAUACAACAAUAACAUCUGUCUGUAUGGAUAUAUACAACAUUAACAGCUGUCUGUAUGGAUAUAUACAACAUUAACAGCUGUCUGUAUGGAUAUAUACAACAUUAACAGCUAUCUGUAUGGAUAUAUACAACAUUAACAUCUGUCUGUAUGGAUAUAUACAACAUUAACAGCUGUCUGUAUGGAUAUAUACAACAUUAACAGCUAUCUGUAUGGAUAUAUACAACAUUAACAGCUGUCUGUAUGGAUAUAUACAACAUUAACAGCUGUCUGUAUAGAUAUAUACAACAUUAACAGCUGUCUGUAUGGAUAUAUACAACAUUAACAGCUGUCUGUAUGGAUAUCAGCGGAGGCUGCUGAGGGGAGGACAGCUCAUAAUAAUAGCUGGAAGAGAGCAAAUGGAAUGGCAUCAAACACCUGGAAACCAUGGAAACCAUGUGUUUGAUGUAUUUGAUACCAUUUUACCUAUUCCGCUCCAGCCAUUACUACGAGCCCGUCCUCCCCAAUGAAGGUGGCACCAACCUCCUGUGAUGUAUAUAUUGUGCAACAUUGUAACAGUGAAGAAUAAUGUUGAAUGCAUUGUUAUACUUAGGUGGACAAGACAUUUUCAUGACUGACGAGCAGCGGAAGUACUACAACGCUAUGAAGAAAAUAGGCUCUAAAAAGCCUGAGAAGCCUAUACCAAGACCUACGGUAAAAUAUCAACUAUGAUAAGCCUACACCAAGACAUACGGUAAAAUAUCAACUAUGAUAAGCCUAUACCAAGACCUACGGUAAAAUAUCAACUAUGAUAAGCCUAUACCAAGACAUACGGUAAAAUAUCAACUAUGAUAAGCCUAUACCAAGACCUACGGUAAAAUAUCAACUAUGAUAAGCCUAUACCAAGACAUACGGUAAAAUAUCAACUAUGAUAAGCCUAUACCAAGACAUACGGUAAAAUAUCAACUAUGAUAAGCCUAUACCAAGACAUACGGUAAAAUAUCAACUAUGAUAAGCCUAUACCAAGACAUACGGUAAAAUAUCAACUAUGAUAAGCCUAUACCAAGACAUACGGUAAAAUAUCAACUAUGAUAAGCCUAUACCAAGACCUACGGUAAAAUAUCAACUAUGAUAAGCCUAUACCAAGACAUACGGUAAAAUAUCAACUAUGAUAAGCCUAUACCAAGACAUACGGUAAAAUAUCAACUAUGAUAAGCCUAUACCAAGACCUACGGUAAAAUAUCAACUAUGAUAAGCCUAUACCAAGACAUACGGUAAAAUAUCAACUAUGAUAAGCCUAUACCAAGACAUACGGUAAAAUAUCAACUAUGAUAAGCCUAUACCAAGACAUACGGUAAAAUAUCAACUAUGAUAAGCCUAUACCAAGACAUACGGUAAAAUAUCAACUAUGAUAAGCCUAUACCAAGACAUACGGUAAAAUAUCAACUAUGAUAAGCCUAUACCAAGACAUACGGUAAAAUAUCAACUAUGAUAAGCCUAUACCAAGACAUACGGUAAAAUAUCAACUAUGAUAAGCCUAUACCAAGACAUACGGUAAAAUAUCAACUAUGAUAAGCCUAUACCAAGACAUACGGUCAAAUAUCAACUAUGAUAAGCCUAUACCAAGACAUACGGUCAAAUAUCAACUAUGAUAAGCCUACACCAAGACAUACGGUCAAAUAUCAACUAUGAUAAGCCUAUACCAAGACAUACGGUAAAAUACAAACUUUGAGGAACUAUGACAAACAUGACAGUGGAUCUAAUAUGUACUCAAACAUUGUUUUAUAAAUACAUUUUUGAAUGAACCUGAAUGAGAUUCGAGCGAUGUAAACUUUAUGGAUAGCCUACAUGGCGUUAAUGGAUCCAUGACAUCCUUCCAUCUAUCUACUCUCCAGAAUAUCUUCCAAGGCUUCUUAUUCGACCUGGUGUCCAAGCAAGCCUUUGACAUCAUGAUUAUGAUGCUGAUCAUCGUCAACAUGGUGACCAUGAUGGUGGAGACAGACGAUCAGUCCGCCCGCAUGGAGUCCAUUCUCAACAAGAUCAACCUGGUCUGUAGCAUGAUGCACUAGUACUACAGUACCCAUAAUGCUCUGUGUAUGAUGUACUACAGUACCCAUAAUGCUAUGUGUAUGGUGUACUACAGUACCCAUAAUACUCUGUGUGUGAUGUACUACAGUACGCAUAAUGCUCACAGAGUCCAUCCUCAACAAGAUGGUCUGUAGCAGAGACGGAAGAGGAAGUGAGACAUCCCACUCCCUCAUUUUUUCUGUUUCAAUGGAAGUCAAUGAACUAUGUAGACCAGACCCAGCUGCUAUUGCAUUGGUGUCUAUGGGAGUGCCACCCCCUUAAGUAGAAAGGAACUGAACAUUUUUUCCAAUGGUAAAUGGCCUGAUCUUCAUUUAUCCACCACCUUUGUUCUGUAGCAUCAUGUACUAGUACUACAGUACCCAUAAUUCUCUGUACAACGUAUCCUGUUUUAUCCUAGUACAUAUGUUCCUGAAGAUAACAUAAUGGUGUCCCGUCUCUUUAUCAUACAGAUAUUCAUCGUCAUCUUCACCACCGAAUGCCUCAUGAAGAUCGUGGCGCUUCGCUGCUAUUUCUUCACCGUGGGAUGGAACAUCUUUGACUUUGUGGUCAUCAUUCUCUCUAUCGUGGGUGGGUGGAACAAUACAACCCUGAAAACAACCCUCAAUAUAACCCUGAAAACAACCUUCAAAACAACCUAUAUAUAUUUCUGACAAGUGAUCUAUGCCAUGCGUAAAAUUUCCCGAAUGUACAUUUCAUGUAAAGGUCAUCAAAUGUUUUGUCUUUUAAUUUGCUGUUGGUGUUGUUUUCUUCAUUUCUGAUUUCAACACUUGCAGGUAUCGUUCUGGCUGACAUCAUUGAGAAGUACUUUGUAUCUCCGACUCUGUUCCGUGUCAUCAGACUGGCAAGGAUAGGACGCGUACUUCGACUGAUACGUGGGGCCAAAGGAAUAAGGACUUUACUGUUUGCCUUAAUGAUGUCCAUGCCAGCGUUGUUCAACAUCGGCCUCCUGCUCUUCCUCGUAAUGUUCAUAUACGCUAUCUUCGGAAUGGCCAACUUCGCCUAUGUGAAAAAGAAAGAAGGGAUAGAUGACAUGUUCAACUUCGAGACCUUUGGGAAUAGUAUGAUCUGCCUGUUCCAGAUCAGCACAUCUGCCGGGUGGGACAACGUCCUGGAGCCCAUCAUGUCCAACUCCCCAGAGGAGUGUGAAGCCUACGUCGUCAACACCGGCACCAACGUUAGGGGCAACUGUGGCAACCCGUCUGUGGCGAUCGCCUUCUGCGUCAGUUACAUCAUCAUCUCUUUCCUCAUCGUGGUCAACAUGUACAUAGCCAUCAUCCUGGAGAACUUCAGCGUGGCCACCGAGGAGAGCACCGAGCCGCUGAGCGAGGACGACUUUGAGAUGUUCUACGAGGUUUGGGAGAAGUUCGACGCAGAGGCCACCCAGUUCAUCGAGUUCUCGAAGCUGUCGAAUUUCGCGGACAACCUGUCGGAGCCGCUGCGCAUCGCCAAACCCAACAAGAUCAAGCUGAUCUCUAUGGACCUGCCGAUGGUGAGCGGGGACAAGAUCCACUGCCUGGACAUCCUGUUCGCCUUCACCAAGCGCGUGCUGGGCGAUUCAGGCGAGAUGGACGCCCUCAAGCAGCAGAUGGAGGAGAAGUUCAUGAUGGCCAACCCGUCCAAGAUCUCCCACGAACCAAUCACUACGACUCUACGCCGCAAGCAGGAAGACGUGUCGGCCAUCAUCAUCCAACGCUGUUACAGACGCCACCUGGUGAAACGGCAGAUGAAGCAGGCCUCCUUCCUGUACAGACAGAUGAACCUUCAGACCAACCUGAACCUGCAGGAGCACAUAGUGGUGGACAUAGAGAGGGCCCCGGAGAGGGAGGGCCUCAUCGCCGCCAUGAUAAAAGAACACUACGGCCCCGAGGGGGCCAACGAGGAGGAGGAGCUGGUAGAGGUCAUGGGGGUCAUGGAAGGGACUCUGUCCUCCUCGCCUCCAUCUUAUGACAGUUUGACCCGGCCGGGGGCGGCUAGUGACCUUGGUCAGAUAGAACGGCUAGAAAGGCCGAGAGACUUAGUGUUAGAACUCAGGGAGCCUAGCCCCUCACAAACAUAUAGGGAACUUAGCCCCUCACAAACAUAUAGGGAACUUAGCCCCUCACAAACAUUUGAAGAGACAUUUCUUUGA